AUGAAGCGGUGCGCAGACUUAGUACCCGGAUUGUGCGUUCCUGGAGGGAAGCAACUGCGACAUCGGUGUUCAGAUUUAUAUUCGUACAUAUGCCUUUCUGGAAUCUCAGUUUUACCCUUUGAUAUCAAAUGUCAGAUACUAUCACUAGUCGAAAUCAGCGACCUGAUAAAUCUUUGGGACGUUUCCAAGGAAUUUCAGCUUAUGAUUGAAAAGUACUGUAACAGUAGUCAAUGUCCACAGUUAUCACAGUUUUACAACCCACAUAAUCACGAACUUCACUCAGCCUUCAGUUCCAGGUGCACCGUUACGUUGUACAAACACGCUGGAAAUUUAUUCCGUAGAAUUUAUCAAUACCAACCACUUUGCCGUAAACUCCAGUUUUUGGAGUGUAGUUUACGAAGACAUAUGCCGAAUCUAGAAAAGUCUUCCAGAACUAGUCAGAACCUACAGGAACCAGAUCGUUAUCUGAGCAUCUGCUCCGUAGGUCCUUUAAAAUGUUUGGCCUUACUUUUAUAUGGCGUUUUCUUGAAAGAAUUUAUCUUUGGGUGGCCAGAGCAAAAUAUCCAGCGGGUUUUUCACACUCUUGUGCAUGUAUGCUUUAAUGAGAACUUCUGGUUUCGCCUAUCAAGUUUGAUCUGUCAGAGACCAGGUGUAGAUCCUCAAUCCGAACUGACGCUUCGCCUUUUCCUAAGAAAAACAUUUUUAGACCCUAAUGCGUUACCACAAAUGUAUGAUAAGAUCAGCUCACCGUCGUCAUCCGUUUCCAAUACGAAGCAAUUUUUAUCAUCGGAUAACAGUUCCUUAACUAUUCAAUAUGACGCACUCCAAAAUCUACAUACAGUUGAAGCCCAUUCAGAAACUUCUUGGACUCGUGAAACAAUCAGUUACCAUGUAUCACCCAGAUAUCCCUCUGAUAAUGCCCUACUAACUUCAGUCUCCUCAUCUAGCAGUUAUAGUGAUAAUGGAUUUUCAUCAGAUGAUUUAUUGACAGUCACACAAUUACCGCGUGGUGUUGCAGGAUAUUCGUUAUCAACAUUUCCAACCCUGGUCAAGCAGAAUUUAUCAGCUUCCUCGAGUAAACUGACAAAUACAUAUUUCUGGCCAGCUUCAAACAUUUUGAUGGAGAUUCUCCAUUCUUAUUCGUACACUCAUCAAGCUAGAAUUUUAUUUAUUUUGUAUGGACCAUUACAUAGAGGGAAUCUUAUGUGGCGUACAAUGUGUGAAAAUACAGCUGCUGAUUCUCAACAAUUAUCUGCUUGUUUUGGCGAGCUUGGAAGUGUUCUGUCAAAUAUGUUUCAUUCUGGUUUAUGGACAUCUGAUGAUAUCAUCAAUAUAAUUGACCAAAUUACAAUAACGCCUGAGGAUUGGUUAGCAGAAAAUGUAGCGUGUUUAUUGCAUACAUCAGGACCUGAAAUAGCGUUACUUGCUGUGACGAAUAAAGCCCACAGUGGAAAAACUGCUGAAGUUGCUGUUACUCUCACUUCAUUAUGCUUAGUUCAGGUGAAAAUUCGUGCAAAAUUAACAGAACUCAUUAAUCUUGUCAAUGCUACAUUUCAAGCCACAAAAGAAAAAGAUCGAACUGCUUUUCUUGAUCAGUUAGCUCGAUCUUUUCAAGAUGUUAUAGUUGAUCUGUAUGAGACUGAUGAACUAGAAGAACGAGUCGAAGACUUUUCCACCAUACUAAGAGCACAAGCUGAGUUCAUGCGUGCGCUUAUGGCAUAUAUAUACGAGGAGUGA